UUUUGUGUGUGGCUCCCCCACAACAGCACCAUCUCUGGCAGGUGGUGUCGCCCUUUAAGGAAACAGCAGCCGGGAGACCGUUAAUGUCCAUUUUGAGUCCGAAGCGUAAAAUAAACUGUGCUUUUCUUUUUCUCUUUUUUUUUAAGGUGAAAUAACUGUUUGUAUCCAUGGCCAUGAUUCGUCUUGACAAGCCACCGGGAACGCAGCGGACGAGCUAAGGGCAAGAACGCCGGGGUUCCCCCUUCCUCUUCUUCGAGCCUGGUUGCCACUUUUGUCGUCAAAAGGAGCUAGCGACGUGUUGAACCCGGGUGGAACCGGGAAUGAGCAAGCGAGGCCGAGGGGAAUAGAAGAAGACACCCCCCUCCACUCCAUUGCCAACAACCAGCACCACCACGCCACGGCGGUUUGUCGAGCUCUCAUCACCCGGACUUGGGCUCUCCCCUCGGCGGCGAUUUGUCGACUUGAGGCGUCGAAGCUCCAUUUUUGUUAGGGGGUGGAAGUGAGCUUUUUUUGUUGUUGUCGUGGCUGUUAUUGUCCGUUAACAUGCGGAGCCCAAAAAGCAGAGGACCUUCGUUUUUGCUUUGAAAAGGAGGGAGGAGGAAAACGGGUGGGGGGGACAAAAAAUGAGGAAGCGUCUUCAUAAAGACCCCGAAAAUGACAUGGUCUCGUUGUCUGUUGGGUCCCCGGGUCUGGAUUUGAGCAGAACGAGGAGGAAAGGCUCUCCUUGAGGUUUUUGUUUGUAAUCUAUGUCUUUAUUGGCAUCACAAUGACACCAAAGGAGCUCAAACGGUGUUUUUUCCCCCAAUGGAAGUUGUGCCAGAGUGGCCCACAAUGAACAGAAACACUUGAAACCUGGACAGCACAUCAUAUUAUUGACAUUUUUUUGGUUGCUAUAUAUAUAUAUAUUUUUUAUUUUUUACAAGUAUUUCUUUGUUUUCUCCCCGAUUAUUCAAUGGAAGUAUGCUAUCAGCUACCGGUGUUGCCUCUGGACAGGCCGGUUCCCAAGCACGUCCUGAGCCGCAGGGGAGCCAUCAGUUUCAGCUCCAGUUCCUCACUCUUUGGGGCCCCAGACCCCAGACAGCUUUCACAGAGACGCGGGGCCAUCUCGUACGACAGCUCGGACCAGACGGCGCUGUACAUUCGCAUGCUAGGAGAUGUGAGAGUAAGAAGUCAGGUUGGAUUUGAACCGGAACGCCGAAGCUCCCAUCCGUAUCUGUGCAUCGACUUCCGAAACCUUCACACGCGUCUGGGCGGCGAGUCGGAAGCAACGGUGGGCUCGACCCCUGAGAGAAGGGUGCGCCGGCUGCUCAGCCUCCAGAGGUACCUGCAUUCGUCCCGCCUGCUGCGGGGCACCGCCCACCAGAUCCCGCUCCCCAUCCUCGACGAGGACUACACUGGACAGGCCCGCUGCAUGCUGGAGAAAGUGGGCAACUGGAAUUUUGACAUUUUCCUCUUCGACAGGUUGACGAACGGAAACAGCCUGAUCACGCUGACGUUCCACCUGCUGGACCAGUACGGCCUGGUGGAGCUGUUCCGCCUGGACGUGGUUCGGCUGUGGCGCUUCCUGGUCCUGGUCCAGGAGGACUAUCACGCCCACAACCCUUACCACAACGCCGUGCACGCUGCCGACGUCACGCAGGCCAUGUACUGCUACCUGCGGGAGCCCGCGUUAUCCAAGUCUCUGACGUCGUACGACAUCUUGCUGGGCCUGCUGGCCGCCGCCACUCACGACCUGGACCACCCUGGAGUCAACCAGCCUUUCCUCAUCAAGACUGACCACUAUCUGGCUUCACUCUACAAGAAUACCUCAGUUCUGGAGAAUCACCACUGGAAGUCUGCCGUGGGUCUGCUCAGAGAGACUGGGCUCCUCUCCCACCUGCCUGCCGAAGACAGCUUGAGCCUGGAGAGGGAUCUGGGCUCGUUGAUCCUGGCCACGGACAUCAGCAGACAGAAUGACUACCUGUCCAGGUUCCGUCUGCACUUGGACCAGAGCAACCUGUGCUUGAGCAACGCCAGCCACCGACACUUUGUGCUACAGAUGGCUCUGAAGUGCGCCGACAUCUGUAACCCGUGCAGGCCGUGGGAGCUGAGCAAGCAGUGGAGUGACAAAGUCACCGAGGAGUUCUUCCAACAAGGUGACGUUGAGAAGAAGCACAAACUGGAAGUCAGCCCACUUUGUGACAGAGCCACGAACACAGUGGGCAACAUUCAAAUCGGGUUCAUGACGUACGUGGCGGAGCCCCUGUUCACCGAGUGGUCUCGCUUCUCGGACACGCGUCUGUCCCAGACCAUGCUGGGACACAUGGGCCUCAACAAGGCCAGCUGGGGCAGCAGAGAACAAAGCCCGAGCCCAGAUCCGCCGCCAACACCACCACUAGCGCAAGCCUCUCCAAAGACAAACCUCAGGGAAGGGGAGUAUUCUGACACCUCUUGACACACAUACAUACACGCGAACGCGAACACGCAGACACACUGGGGGGAGCGCCUUGAUCCCGUUAAGUUUGAUGAUUAUUUUUUUUCCUUUUUCUUCCUCCUCCGCUAAACCACUGAUUUUAUUUAAUUUAUUUAAUUUGAAUUGUUUUUGGACGUAGAGCAAUACGUAGAUACCUCAUUUGGCGCCUGCUGUAAUUUCCCUUCCUUUUUUUUUCCUUUUUUUUUUUGUUUUUUUAAUUUAUUUGUCACUCCUGAAGACAUUUAAAGUGCCAUUUGAUGCCGAGUAUUCACACAAGACGCGUAUACAGUAUAUGUAUGCGUGCGUGGGUCACUUUUGUAUUGAUUCUUCCUCCAAAAGUGACAAGCCCAGUCGUUUGCUGCCUCUCGACCAACCCAGACUGUUUACUACUACUUCUUCUUCUUUUUCUUCUUCUCCACACCACACGCACACUCUCACUCCUGGAAGCACAAACCAGCUGAAGCCACAUGCAUGCGCACAUUGUUUGGGGGGGGCCACAAAGCAGUUAAAGCCAUACUAAAAAAAACACACACUCACACAUAGACCCACUCUCAUACACACUACUGUCCCUCACGACCACUUUUUGGAAACACAAAGCAGUUCAAGCCAUAUGCACAGGGCCGACCUUGCCCAUCAGGCGAGAUAGGCAGAUGCUUCGGGGGGCGGGGGGCACCACAAAAAAAAAAAAAAAAAAAAUCACCUUCAAUAUGAAUUAUAUUCAGACGAAUAACCGCUAUCGACUUAAUUUCGAAGGGAAGAAGAGUACAUUGAUAUGAAAAUACCAUCAAAUAAGCGACGAGGCGCGUACGACGGUGGUUGGACUUUAAAUGUAGUAUGAAAACAAAAUUUGUCCCUGAUGAACAAAAUUUUAAAUCAUCAAUUUUUUUUUUUAUUUUAGGAAAAAUAUUUCAAUGAAAUGGCCAAAACAACAUGAAAAUACAUUCAGGUUAAAAGCUAAUAAGUCGGCGUCUAUUAUAGAAGUCAAAAAAUGGGCGUAUCGCUUCUGUUAUCGCUUCUACAUAUUUACAAUUUUCUUCUGCUGUUUUUUGGAGGUUUUUCCUCUCAAUCCAAAAUCAAAUUCAAACGCCAAUGCAAUCUCAUUGCCAGUAACCAAUGUAAGGAAUGCAAAUUUGGAUGAACUUCUCAACCACUGAAUGUUAAAAUCAGCGAAUAAAAUUGGGCGAAUGCACCGCUUUUGAAAGUAGGAAAGUUGCGCAUGUUUUACACGAGCCUUCGAGAAACAAACAGGAGGGAAAAUGGGAGAAAGGUCAAGCUGCUGCUUCCUUGGGGUUUAUUCAAUUCGGUAUCGCAAUAGCAAGUUACUCACACGACUCGUCUGACAGUUGCAAAACGCUCAUGAAAUUGCCGUUUUUAUUUUACAUCAUAAACUGCGUGAUAUUCUCUUACAGUAUGAAAUGAAGGCAAUGUUGAAAAAAUCAACUUAUCCCGUCAGCGCAUAACCACACGUUUAGCUCGAGCCGGCCCUACACGCACACACACUCAGUACUUGGAAAUAUAAAGCAGUGGAACGAACACACACACACACACACACACACACACACACGUUUGUUUGGAAGCGCAAAGCGACAAACACAAACGAUCACUCACCCCGUUUUUUUUUUUUUUUUGCAAGCACAAAGCAGCCGAAGCCAUACACGUCACACACAUCCAUUGAAACUCUUCCGCUCUGAGGCUCUCAGGGUUUUAGUCAUUAGAAGAAAACGGAGGACGAGGAACCUCUGUCUUAAAGGGCCACGCUCGCACGCAAGCUGUACAGACAAGACAAGAUGCCUUACGACUAUGCACAAGCGACAAGCUAAGUGACCAAACUCGCCAUGACGUUAACGAUAAAAGAUGACCGCCACAUUCCACAGUGUGAAACCCUUCUUGUGAAAAUCGCAGGUGUUUGUUCCCCACCCCCUUCGCUGUUGAAAAGUGCUGUAAGACUGUUGUUUUGUUUUGCAAACUGUUUACAAUUCUGCCACGACAGCCAUUUUGUUUUCUUGGGGGAAAAAGGGGAGGGGCAAGACUGGAGUGUUUUUUUUUUUUUUUUUGUAAAGGCUUUUCGCGCUCUUUUUCCACUUUUUGAUACGCGCCCGUUGCUGUUUUUGAAGAAUAAAAGGAAAACCUCUUGUUGACUAAAA